AUGUCUAUUCGAAUAGCGCUGGACAACCAGCCCGAGUUCUAUACCAACCUCGACUUGGUGCAGGGCCGAAUCAUCCUGGGUCUCAACCGCGCCGAGCAGAUUGGAAGUAUUGUUGUCAAGCUUGAAGGGGAAUCGGGAACAGCUCUACAGGCUCCGAAUGCCUUUGAUCCACAGAACAUGGCCAGGCUACAACCUAGCCCUCAACGGCCUCCUGGCAGCACCGCAGCUGAGAACCAUAAAAUCUUAUACAAACUACAACAAGUCUUUCCGGAUGACUAUUAUGCGAGCUCUUCUAACCCUUACGGUGCAUACCCCCUGCAAGCAGGCGAGCACGAGUUUCCUUUCAAGUUCAAGCUUCCCAUCAAUAAUGCAUGCAGCGACCCAAUGGCUAUGUCGAAAAUCGGCGGCAUGGCCAACGUUGGUGGUUUUGGGGGUGGAGGAAUGUUUGGCAUUGGUGGUGUUAGGGUCAUGGAUGGUAGCAAGCAACUCUACCUUCGCCAUGUCACCCGCACACUACCUCCAUCAUUAACAGGAUAUCCUAUGGAGGCAGAAAUUCGAUACUACAUCAAGGUUACAAUCCAGAGACCGGGAUUGCUCAAGGAAAACUGGCGGUAUCAGAUCGGUCUGAAGUUCCUCCCUAUUGAACCGCCCCGGCCGAAGCCGACAACCCAGGAGGCUUUUGCUCGUCGCCCCUUCACAUUUCGGCCAAUGACCCCUCAGGCAGAGAAGAAGCGGUCCUCCCUCUUCAACUUUGGAAGCGGCACAGAUUCAAAGUCAGCCUCUACUCCAGAGCCAUCUGCAGAUAUUGCACCAGCUCCAGCAAUCGAGAUCUCAGCACGCCUUCCUCACCCAAGCGUCUUGACUUGCAACAAGCCUGUUCCCCUACGGCUUAUCGCCAAAAAGCUCAACAACAAUCCAGAGCAAGUCUAUCUAGUGUCGUUCCAGAUGGAGCUUAUAGGCCGUACUGAUGUCCGCGCGCUCGAGCUUCAGAACCAAAAGAUCAACCGAUGGGUUGUUGUGUCAAACCCAAACAUCAACAUCCCGUUGACUACAGGACCUGCUGACGAAGUUGGGAGUGAGUUGGUGAUUCCAGACCAUGUAUGGAAGAAUUUGCCUCUUCCCAACACUGUGGCACCCUCAUUCGUCACUUGUAAUCUUUCUAGAAGGUACGAGCUCGAGUUGAAGCUUGGUCUAGCCUGGGGUAAGCCAAAAAAGGGCAUCACCAACAAGAGCCCCCCGGUCAUCCUCCUACCGCUACACUUUGCGCAAGUCGAGGUUUAUUCUGGUAUUACACCGCCUCCUGAACUCGUUGAAUCCGCAAGAUCAACGCGGCCGGGGCGUGCAACCUUCACGAAUAACGUCCCGCCCCGUCUGCCACCCAGGCAAAACUCAGUCUCCUCAGCCCCAGUGUCAGCUCAACAGCAACGGCCUUCUCAAACUCCGAACCAGGUUCCUCCUCAGCCAACUCAUGAUUCCCUCUAUCCACCACAACUAGCUCCGGGUCAAGAGGCACCUCCAUAUGACGAAGCUCCGCCCAGCUAUGACGAAGCCAUCGCGGAAAACCUGGCUGGUCCCUUCGACGGCAUGCAGGCACGGCCAGCCUACAGCGGUGUCACGAACGAGAAUUCGCCAAGCCAGUUACCUCCUGAAAAGAGUUGA